UUAAAUACAUGAUCUAUCGUAUAGCAAAUAGUGAUAACGCCAUGCAGUAAUGUUAUCAAUUGAUAACUCAGGGUUGCGUAAAAGAUUGUCCUACUAGGUUAAUCUUGCUUGUUUUCCUAAUUAAACAAACAUUUAUUACGGUGCCCUUGCACGCUUAAUUAUGUCGCUUGCGCAUCGAGAGGGGCACUUCAAAAUCGAUGAAAUGCAACAUAUCUAAAGUUAGUAAAGCUAAGACUGGCCAUGAACUUUAGAUAACGGAGAAAUAUACAUAGAUACAUAUCAUAUGCGUUACAUAAAACACAUUACUUGGCAGGAGAAAGUCGUAGAUGUCGUAGACUUAUUUGUUACCGGUACUUUCACGAAAAAUUUUUUCCCGUGACGAAAUAGACAUUACAACUUCGUCUUAAACUUUGAAGUAGUUAUUAUUACAGAAAAAGACAAUGAAUGCUGCAAAAGCGAUUCUAAAACAGGGUAAAAGUGUAUUGCUAAUAUGCGACGUUCAAGAAAAACUGAUGAAGGCUAUCUUUGAAUCCAAUAAAGUUACUCAGAAUUCGACAAAACUGAUAAAUGCAUUGAAGAUUUUGGACGUUCCUAUGAUAGUCACUGAACAAAAUCCAAAUAGUUUAGGAAAAACGAUUCCUGAAUUUGACAUUUCUGGUGCCAAAGGACCAUUUGAAAAAACUUCAUUUAGCAUGUGUACACACGAAGUAAUUAAAGAACUCUCUACAAUUUGUUCUGGACAGAAACCAAAUGCAAUUAUUUUAAUUGGCGUAGAAACGCAUGUAUGCAUAGAGAAUACUGCAAUUGAUCUAAAAAAUGAAGGAUACGAAGUACAUAUUGUUGCAGAUUGCUGCUCUUCCCGUAUCCAACAAGAUAGAUUAUUAGCUUUAGAGAGAAUGAGAGGAAUAGGAUGUCACAUAGCAACUUCAGAAAAUGUUAUUUUCAAAAUAUUGGGAGAUGCAAAGCAUAAGGAUUUUAAAAGAAUAUUAAAUUUGAUAAAGACACCAUCGUUGCAAAUAGGUCUUAAUGGAAAAUUAUAA